GGAUCUUUCCAGAAACAAGAUCAGUGGUUUAGAUGUUCAGAUAUUCGAAAGCCUGACUUCUUUGGCAAAACUAGAUAUAAGCCACAACAAGAUUUCUACAUUAGAAGAUGGAAUAUUUGAUAAUUUAUUUAAUUUAAGUGAAAUAAACUUAAGUUGGAAUCCGUUUGUUUGUGACUGCAAACUUGCCUGGUUGCCCCGUUGGGUGGAAGACAGAAAAGUGACAGUUAUUCAGGCGUCGGAUACGAGAUGUGCCCACCCUCCCGAGGUGGCAAACCUUUCCCUCUUCGACGUCCCGUUCGUCAACGCCACUUGUGGAGCUCAAUACAUAACGUGUCUGACAAGCAACUACACGGAAGGGGCUGAACUUGUCAUCCUCUUCACAUCUGUUCACCCCGGGAACCUCACCGAGGAGACCUGCAGUGCCCUCUGUUAUGCUGAAGACCAGGAAUAUGGAGGUUUCAGCACCCAGGGGCAGUGUUUGUGUGGUGCUGCCCAUGAAACAAACUCUUCCUCCAGUUGUUUGCCAUUUUGCACUGAGCAUUCGUCCAGGCAGGCCUGUGGUGGCCCAUCACUUGUCCCCUCUCCCUUCCAGGCACAGGUCUCUGUGUCUUUCACAGGACUCCAGCCCCGGUACAGCCUACACCAGACUGUGCUCUUCAACGUCAGUAUUCCCAUUGCUGUCAGCACUUUACUGUGGGAAUUUGGGGACCAGACAGAGGUUCUCAACACCACUGGAAAUGCAGCUGUCCACACCUAUGCCUUACCUGGGCAGUACAAUGUCACUGCCACCAUCUUUGUGGGCGCCAAGGUCUUGUACGCACAGGCAGAAAUUGAGGUGGUGGCUUCACCCCAACAGUUAGAACUGCAAUGUCCUUCCCUGGUCAAGACAAACGAGAGUCUGGACAUACGGAUCCGCAACAGAGGUGGCACUGGCCUCCUGGUGUCGUAUGGUAUCACUGCAGAGGCUGGAGAGCUGGCCAGAGCAGUUCACCCCAUGUGUCCCUCUGAUGGCUUGGUCUUCCCGGGCAAUAACCACUGCUACCAGCUGGUGGUGGAGAAGGCUGAGUGGCUGGAGGCCCAGCAGCACUGCCAGGAGCACGGCAACGGCGAGCUGGCUUUUGUGAGCAGCCCCGAGAUCCAGAGCUUCUUGGUUGCUCAUGUCAUCAGGAGCCUUGAUGUCUGGAUUGGAUUCAAUGAUUUUGCAAGUACUGGAGCGCAGCAAAGAGGUGAAGGAUUUAAUCUGGAGAGCUGUCAGAACUGGCUGCCAGGUGAACCCCAUCCAUCAAACGCUGACCACUGUGUCCGGAUGGGCCCCACGGGCCAGUGUAACACCGACCUGUGCAUGGCCAAGCACAGCUACGUCUGCGAGUACAAGCCAAAAGGAGUUCUCUUAAAUGCUGAAAACUUCUUUGUGGGAGACCCUGUGUUCGACACACAUGAGGCUGUGAAAACUGUGACAGAAGAUGUGCUGUCAGCUCCGUGGCCAGCUGUGGAGGUGCUGGUGUUCCCUGAGCUGGCGUUCAGGCACGAGGGAUAUUUGACUGCCCUGGAGUUUGUGACACAGGAACUGCAUCAGCCCGUCCAAGUGAGGUUCCAGGUGCAUAGACCGAUAGAUGGAGAAGACUACCAGGAGGGGAAAAAUGCUACAGAACCAUUCCACACUGCUCAGGAUGACGGGAACUGGACUCUGCUUGAUUGUCCUCCUGGUUUCCAGUGGUGUCAUUUGACUAAUUUGUGCUCAUCACUAAAUGACUGCUGCAACGCCACCGAGUGUGCCAACAGUUCUCUUGCCAGCAGCCCUCCCCCCGUUUCCCCUCAGCACAAUGACAGCCAGCUCAGCUAUGAACUCAUCGAGGAAUUUCUCUUUACAAUACCAGCUGGCCCUUCUUCCCAGUAUCUGGUCACGUUCAGAAAAGAAAGUAUUUUUGUCAGAGCUGAGGAUAUCUUCAGUAUCCAGCACAAUGCAGACCUGGGCUUACCCCUGCAGUGCCAGCCAAGUACCUCGUCCCCUUACAGAACCAACGUCUUAAGCACAAACUCUUCAGAGUGGGCACUUGGCCUGUCCAACGGCUCCAUCGAUGCCACCUGGAUGAACAACACUGUGUGCUCUCUCCGAGUUCACUACGCUGAGGAACAGCUGGUCCCGGUGAUCAGCCCCCACAACGCCGGGCUGGAGCAUCCAGGUCUCUACACGGUCAGAGCCAACGUGGACAAUGGGAUCUUCAGCACCAACCUGUCGUGCAGUUUCUGGGUGACUUCCUGGGUGUCAGGCUUGCGUGUCAUCCACCCCGCUCCUCAAGGCAGCAGGGUCUACCUGCCGUCCAACCACACUACCCUGGUUGUCAAACUCUCCUCAGGGGUGAACGCGACAGCUCGCUGGCUGGGGGACAACCACACCUUCCCCUUCGAGGGGUCCUGCCCAGCGGCUCUGGAACGACUGAUAGCUGACUGUGCCAGGGAGACCAACGACACCUGGUUUGCUGUGGUCAACCUGAGCGGCCUCAGGGAGGGGGUGAGCACCCACGUCCUUGUUGCGGAGAACUCCGUGAGCUCCCAGAACAUCACCAUCACAGUGAAGGUGGAGGAGCCCAUCCGCGGGCUGCGGGCCACCCCUGACCCCGAGAGCAGAGUCCUGCUAAAUACACGAGUGAGCUACGUCCCUGUGAUGGAAGCUGGGUCAGAUGUGACUUUCCGAUGGACAGUAGAUGAUAAGCCAUCUUUCACUUUUUACAAUGUUGUCUUCAACGUUAUCUACCAAAGCCCAGCUGUGUACAAGCUCUCGCUCACCGCCUCCAACCACGUCAGUAACUUUACGGUCAAUUACAAUGUCACGGUGGAGACGAUGAAUAAGAUGAAGAACCUGACGGUGUUUGGUGUCCUGCCCGUCCUCCCUCAGAACAGCACCGUGGAGCUUACAGCACGAGUUCGGGUUGAUUCAGCUGUGGAUGCCAUGUUCCUGUGGGAUUUUGGAGAUGGUGGCCAGGAGACAUACCUGUUCAAACCUCCCUACAACAAGUCUUUCCUUGUUCCUGAUCCCAGUGUCCAUGAGGUUGUGAUCGAGCACAAUGUUUCACACGUCUAUCAAGACCCAGGAGAAUAUGCCCUGGUGGUUGUCGUGUCAAACCAGUUUGAGAACCUCACCCACUUGACCCCAGUUCACAUCCACAGUUAUCUGAUUGAUGUGAAGUUGGAAGUAGAGGAGGAUGUUUUAGUUGUGAGCCGUCCAGUCACCUUCAGAGCCAAUCCAUUGCCGUCUCCCUAUGGCGUUGUGUACACCUGGGACUUUGGGGACGGGUCCUCACUGUUCACAGAGAGCCAGUCUACAGUGACCUACAGCUACUCCAGAAGAGGCGUGUACAACGUCACCGUGACGGCGAACAAUACCGUAAGCAGUGUGGAGACAGUUGAGUGCUACCAAGUGUUUGAAGAGAUAACUGGGCUCCGUGUUUCCGCAGAUGAGGCAGCAGAGCUGGGAGCAUCUGUGACCCUCAAUGCUUCGGUGCAGACAGGGGACAGUAUCACCUGGAUAUUCGAUAUGGGGGACGGGACGGUGCUGAGGAGUCCGGUGCCGGUGGUAGAACACGUGUACAUAAAGGACAUCAACUGCACCGUGAACGUGACAGCUGUGAAUCCUGUGAACUCUGUCUCCCAGACUGUGCCUGUUCGGAUAUUUGUCCUGGAAGUACUCAAGAUAGAACCUGCUUCUUGCAUCCUUGAGCACCCGGAUGUGCAGCUGACUGCGUACGUGACGGGGAAUCCUGAUGAAUACAUCUUUGAUUGGACUUUUGGAGAUGGCUCAUCCAAUGUCACAAUAAGUGGGGACCCUGUGGUGAUGCACAACUUCACCCGCAGUGGGACAUUCCCCCUCUCCCUGACUCUCUCAAGCAGGUUUAACAAGGCUCACUAUUUCACCAGUGUCUGUGUGGAGCCAGAGAUAGUCAAUGUCACCCUUCUCCCUUCCAAGCACUUUGUGAGGCUGGGUGAAGAGGUCAGCUUCCAGGUCAGUGCCGUGCCGCUCUACCAGUACCGCUACCGCUGGGAUUUUGGGAACAACGAGUCCACGAGAUCGAGUGGGACUGAAGUGACCUACACCUACAAGAACACAGGGGUCUUCCUGGUCACGGUGACCGUCUCCAACAAUGUCUCUUUCAACAAUGACACGGCGUUUGUGGAAGUCCAGGAACCAGUUGGGGUAGCAAAGAUUGAAUAUAACGGGACAAGUGUUUUGGAGUUGAACCAGAUCUACCUGUUCUCUGCCAGCAUGAAUGGAACCAAAGUGAGUUACUGUUGGGACUUUGGAGAUGGCACUACCCAGCCUGGGCAAGUCGCUACCCACUCCUACAACACCACGGGUCAUUACACCAUUAGUGUGACGGGCCGGAACGAUGUGAGCUUUAACGAGACCGUCAUCGACGUCGCAGUGAAACGUCGGCUCCACGGGCUCACCAUCAAUGCCAGCAGGACAGUGGUGCCAUUAAAUGGGUCAGUGAGUUUUGUAGCCACCCUUCUAGCUGGCAGUGCCAUCCGCUACUCGUGGAUCCUCUGUGACCGCUGCACUCCUAUCCAAGGCUCCUCCACCAUUUCCUACACUUUCCGGUCUGUGGGCACUUUCAAUGUCAUUGUGACAGCAGAGAACAAGAUCAGCUCGUUGCAGGACAGCAUCUACAUCUAUGUCCUGGAGCAGAUUGAAGGCCUGCAGGUGGCUAGCAGUGACCUGGUGGAAGACAUCUAUUUCCCAACUAACAAAACCCUCCAUUUGCAAGCAGUGGUGAGAGAGGGAACAAACAUCUCUUACAGCUGGGUCAUCCAAAGGGAUGGCAAUGCUGUGCAGACCUCCACUGGGAAAACCUUCUCCUUGAGCGUCCUAGAAGCUGGAAACUACACUGUCUAUCUGAAAGCCACUAAUAUGCUGGGAUGUGCAACUGCCAACAGGACGCUGGAGUUCAUUGAAAGCGUUGGUCUUUUAAAGCCCUAUGCCUUCCCCAACCCAGCUGCUGUUAAUGCCUCUGUUAACAUCAGUGCCACCAUAACCAGUGGCACUGGCAUCACCUACGUUUGGUACCUGGAGGAUGGCUUCUCUCCUGUUACCUCUGAACCCUUUAUUAUCCACUCCUUCCAAAGCCCUGGAGUGAUAGAGGUCAUCGUUGGAGCAGAGAACAAGCUGGAUUCAACCAACGCAACGAUUUCUAUCUACGUAGAGGAGGUCAUAGAGGGGCUGAGUAUAGGGACUGCAGAGCUGGACUGUAGGUACGUCUCAUCAGGCUCCACGGUGGUCUUUGAGGGGGAGCUGCAGAAAGGGACUGAAGUGACGUGGGUUUGGGAGGUGCCAAAUGUCACGUUGACUGGCCAGUCCGUGGCAGUCACGUUCCCCACUGCAGGGUUUUAUACGGUCUAUCUGAAUGCAUCAAAUGACAUCAGCUGGGCUCUGGCCAGCAGGAACAUCUCAGUGCUGGACAGGAUUCAAGGGCUGGAAGUUCUUGCCAGCAAGAAGGUGGUGGAACCAGGAGAACAGGUCACCUUUGUGAUCAGGAUGUUGUCAGGUACCUCUGUGAGUUACUUGGUGAGCAUAAGUGGGGACUACUCUGUGGUGCUCAACGGGUCCAAGUACACACAUGAGUUCACCAAGAGCGGUGACUAUUUGGUGACCGUGACAGUGCAGAACCAAAUCAGCAUCGCACAUGCCCAGGUGCUCAUCUCUGUCCUGGAGGCCAUUCGUGAUGUCAGGCUCCUGAACUGCUGUGAGAAGGGCAUACCCACGGGCAUGGAGAAGACCUUCAGUGCCCAGGUGGGAAGUGGCUCCCGCGUGUCAUUCUCCUGGCAGUUCUCCCUGUUGAAAGAGCAAGGUCGAUCCGUGGUCACUGCGGCAGGAGACAGUGUUUCCUACACUCCAGAAGCUGCAGGGCUGCUCGAGAUUCACCUCAAUGCCUUCAAUGACUUGGGAGGUAUCAAUAUCACCAGAACCAUCCAGGUCCAAGACCCAAUCGUCCAAGUCUCCCUCACUGCCUCCAAUGCCUUUGUCAACAGGACAGCCCUGUUUGAAGCAGCAGUGGUGCCCAGCAGCAGGAGUGUUGAGUUCCUGUGGACCUUUGGGGAUGGCUCUUCCACUCAGUUCACCAGGGUUGCAGUGGCCAACUAUUCUUACCUGAGCCCUGGGGAUUACCUGGUGGAGGUGAAUGCCACCAAUCUCAUCAGCUUCUUCAUAGCCCACCUCACUGUCACUGUCAAAGUCCUGGAGUGCGAGGAGCCAGAGGUGGAGUUAGCUUUGCCUCCUCAAGUAGUCAUGAAGCGGUCCCAGAGGAACUACCUAGAGGCACAGAUUGACCUCCGAGGAUGCAUCAAGUACCAGACAGAGCACCUCUGGGAGAUCUACCGAGCACCUAGCUGCAUGAACUUGGAUGACUCCAGCAGGAUCCGUCUGCCAAACGUUGAUGUGAACAGGCCCCAGUUAGUUAUACCAAAGCUUGCCCUGGAAGUUGGGAACUAUUGCUUCAUCUUUAUUGUCUCCUUUGGAGACACCCCACUGUCCAAAAGCAUCUUUGCCAAUGUUACUGUGAUACCAAGUAAGCUGGUCCCAAUCAUUGAUGGGGGGUCAUACCGUGUAUGGUCCAACACUCAGGACUUGAUCUUGGAUGGGGAGAAAUCCUAUGACCCGAACUUGGAUGAUGGUGACCAGACUCCGUUGUUGUACGAUUGGUCUUGUACGUUCUCCUCCAAGCAGAGCUCGGCUGCAGGGUGCUCUCUGAAUUUCAGUGCCAAGGAAGGAAUUGUCACAAUUUCCAAAGCUGUAUUAGAAGCAGAUGUGGAAUAUACGUUCGACCUCACCAUCAGGAAGGAGGGUAUGAGUCCCGAGGCAACGAAUCAAACCGUGUUCAUCAAGAGAGGAGGAGUCCCUAUCGUGUCCCUGGAGUGCGUUUCCUGCAAGGCUCAGUCUGUCUAUGAAGUGAGCAAGAGCUCCUACGUCUACCUGGAGGGGACCUGCCAGAACUGUCACAAUGACUCCAAGCUUGGGAGAUGGGCAGCACACAGCUUUAAAAACAAGUCUCUCAUCCUGGACAAAAAAACCACCUCCACUGGCGACACAGGAAUGAACUUGGUCCUGAGGCAAGGGGCACUGAAGGAUGGGGAGGGAUACACCUUCACCCUCCACAUCACAGACCUCACAACAGGGGAGGAGGGAUUCGCCUCCAUCGAUCUGCUCCCAAACCAGCCGCCCGUGGGAGGAUCCUGCCGGCUGUCUCCCAAAGGACCCCUCAGGGCACUGAUGGCAAAGGUCCACUUUGAGUGUGCAGGCUGGCGAGACACGGAGGACGCGGAGGGGCCGCUGGUCUACAUCCUCCUGGCCUCUCGCCGCAGGGCUGGGCACUACCACGAGUUCUGCGUGUACAAGGGCAGCCGAGCCGAGCACAGCGCCUUCCUGCCGCCCGGCUUCCGCGAGAGCGGCUUCACGGUGUCCGUGUCCGUCCUUGUUCAGGACCAGCUGGGAGCGACCGUGGUGCCUCUUUCUUUUUCCAUGGAGAUCAGCUUACCCGAGGGCUUCCCCAGCCUCUCCCACUGGCUCUACAAUCAAACUGACACUGUGCUCCAGGGUUUGGUGAAACAAGGGGACCCUCAGCAGGUCAUCGAGUACUCUCUGGCCCUCAUCACCAUCUUGAAUGAGUACGAGCGGUCCAUGCUUCUGGAACCUGAGGCUGGGAAUGAAUUUGAACUCCGGACCUGGACUCGUAACAAUAUCACAGAAACCCUGAACUCGCUGAAGGUGAACACAGUUGAUGACAUCCAGCAGAUCUCAGCUGCCUUGGCGCAGUGCACG